AUGAAGCUUUCCAGCUCCCUUCUUGUGGCCCUCCUGGCCACUGAGGCCAUGGGUACUUGGGCAUCCAAUGCUGCGUACAACAAGUGGGAUGCGACCGAGCUCGAUCGAUGGUUGGCCGAUCACAACAUCCCACACCCCACACCCGCCGACCGAAAGGAUCUCGAAAGGCUCGUGGCGGAAAACUGGAACCAGGUCGUCUCCCCAUACCACGAUUGGGAUGCCGAAAAGCUCCAGACCUUCCUUGAAUCCAAGGGCCAAGAGGUCGGGCAAGACACCAAGGCCAGCAAGGACACGCUCAUCGACCGUGUCAAAGCUGCCUGGUACGAGACGGAGGACAAUGCCCAGCAGGCGUGGACCAAUGUUAAGGAGUGGAUUUUUGACACCUGGUCGGAUAGCCAGCUCAAGGCUUUCUGUGACAAGCAUGAUAUCCCCGUUCCCCAGCCGCGACCCCGUGACGUCACUCUCGAGAAGAUUCGCUCUCAUUAUGAUACUGUUGCCCGGAAGGCUGGAGAAACUGCUGCGUAUCCGGGUGAUUGGCUCUAUGAAACCUGGUCCGCUUCCGACCUGAAGAAGUGGCUCGAUGAGCAUGGCAUUUCGCGCGACGAGCUGAUCGCCGCCGUUCGACGCAACUCCCGACUCGUCUAUCUUAAGCUGCGGGAUGCCGCCUCCACCGCUUCCGAGGCUGCCAAGUCUGCUUUCUCCGAUCUGUCCGACUCAAUUCUCGACACCUGGUCCGAAUCUCAGCUAAAGGAGUUCCUUGACGAGAAUGGCAUCGCCGUUCCCCAAGGUACUAAGACCAAUGAACUCCGCGCUCUUAUCCGCAAACACCGUGCCCAAGUCCUCGGCGAGGACGCCGCUGGUAAGCUCGGUGCUGCCACUUCUAGCGCCGGUAACGAGUUUGCCAAGGCCACCGAUAGCGCUGCCCUGAAGUUACAAGAUGCCUUUAAUAAGGCUACCGAACUCUGGUCGCAUAGUCGUCUCAAGGCCUUCCUCGAUGCCCGUGGCAUUGGCAUCCCUCAGGGCUCGAAUACUGACGAGGUCCGCGAUCUCGUUCGCAAGCACGCUCACAGUGCCAUUGGAGGUUGGACUUUUGAUGACUGGUCAUUGGAGAACCUUAAGAAAUAUCUCCUUUCCAGCGGAGAUGCGAAAGCCCAAGCAGCCGCUGAGAAGGCUACUGCAACCCGAAACGAUCUCCUCACCGCCGCUCAGUCUGCUUACAGCUCGGCCUCCUCUGCAGGUGGUGAUAAGUGGAGCUCUGCCACUAGCUACCUCGCCCAGGCUACCGCCGACGCCAAGCACAGAACCUUUGAGACCUGGAGCGAGAGCGAACUCAAGUCCUACCUUGAUUCCUACGGCGUCUCUGUGCCUCAGGGAUCUAAACCCGAUGACCUCCGCGCCGAGGCUCGGAAACAGUUCACCUACUUCAAGUACGGCACCAGCAGCCCGGGCGGGACCAUCCUCGAGCAGCUUAGUGAGAAUUUCUGGUCUGCCUGGGACUGGGCCACCAAGCAGUUUGAAAAGGCUAUUGAGGGAGCCGAGAAGAGGGUUCAGGGGCUUCGGCAGGAGUUGUAA